CUCGUAGAGAUCUUAUAGACGGUGAAAUAGAUAAAUGGGUAAUUUAUGGUUAUGACAAAGGAGGAAGUGAUCUUAAGGUCUUGGGAACCGGAGAUGGAGGACUUGAUGAAUUACAGGAGGAGUUUAACGAUGGCAAAAUUCAGUAUGCAUAUGUGAAAGUAAAGGACCCUAACUCGGAAUUACCGAAGUUUAUAUUUAUUGGCUGGUGUGGGGAAGGUGUGCCGGAAGCAAGAAAAGGAUUAUUUAAUUCACAUCUCAAUGAAGUUUCCGAUUUUUUAGAGAGGAAAUACCAUCUCCAAAUAAGCGCUAGAUCUGAGAGUGAUGUUGAACCAUCAUAUAUAAUGAAACGCUUAGAAAAAAGUGGAGGAUCCAAAUAUUCUGUUAAUAUUAAUAAAAAUGCUCCUCCAGUAAAGCCAGAACCUAUUUUACCAGUGAGAUCGGUAUACAAACCGGAGAAAAUACCAAACAUUACUGAAAUGCAACGAAAUGCACCUAAAGAAAAAAUCGGACCAGUGAGAUCAUCGUAUCAGCCUACUCAGAUACCAGAUAUAAGUGAAUUACAACGAAAUGCUCCUCUGGAAAAAAUUGAGCCUGUUGUGUCGUUUUUAAAUGCUAAAGAAAAAACAGAACCACCUGUUACGGAAAAUAAACACCGACGAGAACGUGAAGAACGUGAAAGGGCUGAGCGUGAGGAACGCCAACGUGAAGAACGUGAUAAGGCCAGACGUGAAGAGCAGGAACGCAUACGACGGGAACGCGAAGAACAGGAACGCGAGCGGUCAGAACGUGAGGAACAGGAACGUGAGGAACAGGAACAUGAGGAACAGGAACGUGAGGAACAGGAACGUGAGGAACAGGAACGCGAGGAACAGGAACGCGAACAAUUAGAACAAGAAAGAUUAGAACGUGAACGACGAAAACGAGAGGCUGAUCAGGCUAGAAAAGCAAAAGAAGAACAACAAAGAUUGGAAAAAGAAGAGAAAGAAAGAUUGAGACAACAAAAAGAGGAAGAAGAGCUGAGCAGGCAAGAACAAGAACGAUUGAGGUUAGAAGAACUACUUCGCCAGCAGGAAUUGGAGAGUGCCGAGUUUGCUGGAGAUGCAGAUGCAACUAGAACCUUUUCAGCACGCGUUAUCUAUCCUUAUGAAGCUGCCGAAGAUAACGAAAUGGAAUUAAUAGACGGUGAAAUAAUUGUAGGAAUCAGCCAAUUGGAUGAAGGAUGGUGGCAAGGUGAAAGUAAAGAUGGUACUCGUGCCGGAUUAUUCCCCGCAAAUUAUGUGGAAAUUAUUGAGAAUGAGAUUGAACCAGAUCCUGGACCCACUACGUAUGAACAAGAUGACGAGCCUGAACCCGAACCCGAACCCGAACCUCAGUAUGAGACUAAGUUAACCGCUGGAAAAUCUGCUAAAGCUCUUUAUAAUUAUGAUGCCGGUGAGGCAAACGAAAUUUCAUUUAAUGAAGAUGAUAUUAUUACUGAUAUUCAAUUCAGUUCGGAUGAUUGGUGGCAGGGUACAACAGCAGAUGGUAUAGUUGGACUGUUCCCAGCUAAUUAUGUGGAGUUGAUUAAUUGA